GGAGUGCGAGCCCUACGCCAGGCAGCUGCGACAGGAGGCAGGCUGCAGGCGCGCGGCUCUCAGCCAGCCUGAAUCCCAUUGGCCCUCAGGACGCGCUCCGAGCUGCUCCUCUCCUCCAGGGCGCAGCGGCUGCCCACUGGUCCCUGCUGCUCGCUUUGGAAAAAUUCUUUGCCUGGCUGGCAAGGAGAGCGAGACUGGGCUCCGGCAGCUCCCUGGGCACGCUUCGUGGUGGAGACUCAGGGACGAAACCCAGGAAUAAGAGGCGGAAGGCAGCGCUGGCAUUGACAGGACUCGGAGAAGGCUACCAGCCACUAGCAGCCUGAUGAGCAGGCUGGGUCAAAUGCUCUAGCCGGGUGCAUGCGCCAGGCGGAGCGCGCAGGUCGGACUGUGUUCUCCGCUGUCCGCCCUGCGCUGGUGCCCGACCGGUACCAGGAUGGACACUGGAGCCCCAGGGCCGCGCCCGCUAGAGCCCGGCGUCCCUCCUGCGUCCUGAGCUCAUGGACGGCGACUCCCGGCUGGCAGCGGCGCGCCCCCGGGCUGUGAAUGCGACUCGCUCAUCGUCCGCGCUCCCCGCCCGCCCGCCCGCCGGGACGUGGUAGGGGAUGCCUAGCUCCUCUGCGAUGGCAGUUGGCGCGCUCUCCAGUUCCCUCUUGGUCACCUGCUGCCUGAUGGUGGCUCUGUGCAGUCCGAGCAUCCCGUUGGAGAAGCUGGCCCAAGCUCCUGAACAACCCGGCCAGGAGAAGCGCGAGCACGCGUCUCGGGACAGCCCUGGGAGGGUGAGCGAGCUCGGGCGCGCCUCGAGGGACGAGGGCAGCAGUGCUCGGGACUGGAAAAGCAAGGGCAGCCGCACGCUCUCGGGCCGGGAGGCGUGGAGCAAGCAGAAGCAGGCCUGGGCUGCCCAGGGCGGGAGCGCCAAGGCCGCGGACUGGCAGGUCCGGCCUCGCGGGGAUACCCCUCAGGGGGAGCCCCCGGCCGCCGCCCAGGAAGCGAUCAGCCUGGAACUCGUGCCCACACCGGAGCUGCCUGAGGAAUACGCCUACCCCGACUACCGCGGGAAGGGUUGCGUGGACGAGAGUGGCUUCGUGUAUGCGAUCGGGGAGAAGUUCGCCCCAGGUCCCUCAGCCUGUCCAUGUCUGUGUACGGAGGAGGGGCCCCUUUGCGCACAGCCAGAGUGCCCCCGGCUUCACCCGCGCUGCAUCCACGUCGACACCAGCCAGUGCUGUCCGCAGUGCAAGGAGAGGAAGAACUACUGCGAGUUCCGGGGCAAGACCUAUCAGACUUUGGAGGAGUUCGUGGUGUCUCCAUGUGAACGGUGUCGCUGUGAAGCCAAUGGUGAAGUGCUGUGCACAGUGUCGGCGUGUCCCCAGACGGAAUGUGUGGACCCCGUGUAUGAGCCUGAUCAGUGCUGCCCGAUCUGCAAAAACGGUCCAAACUGCUUUGCAGAAACUGCUGUCAUUCCAGCUGGUAGAGAGGUGAAGACUGAUGAGUGCACCAUAUGUCACUGUACUUAUGAGGAGGGCACGUGGAGAAUUGAACGGCAAGCCAUGUGCACAAGACAUGAGUGCAGGCAAAUGUAGACUUCACCAUACAGAAACUCUCAUGUUUUUCUAGAAUAUUUUACUAAUGUGACAUUCUAGAUGACUCUGAGAAAUAUCAAUCAAAACCAGAAGACUUUGAAUAAGGAGUCAAGGAAAAUGGUUGGUACUUUUGUUUUUCUUGGUAACAAUUACAGCAAGAGACAGAAAUGGAUGUAUUUCAAAACAUCAAUAAGAACUUUGGGCAUACUCCCUCUCUAAAUAAAUGUGCUAUUUUCACAGUAAGUACACUAAAGUUCACUAUUAUAUAUUAAAUGUGUUUCUAUAAUCCCUCUAUUAGAGUCUUAUAUAUUAAAAAAUGCUGUUGUCAACCGUCCUCACUGUGUACCGGUAUAUCUUUGUUAGCCUUCACUGCAUCACAAGAGGGUGCUAGUGAGCCCAGGAAUCUUUUACACCUGCACAUGAAUCCUCCAUUCCAUACGGGACUACAGAAUAUAAUGACUGCUUUAUAUCAAAAUCCUGUUCAAAUGCUACUUAACUAAUGCUAUGGUACCUAAUGCUUAAAACACAAUCUAAUUUACACAAUAGGCUUAUUUUAAUAACCCAUUUAUUUUAUUAGUUCAUUCUUAGUCAUUUGUAAAAAAUGUAGGAUAAGGGUUGCUUAGCACAUACUUUUUCAGUUCUCAUAGUAGUCCAUAAAUAAACACUUAUGUGCAUUUCAUUUUCAUCCCCAGUAUCUAUUUUUCUAAGCAUGAUAUCAAUUCAUUCUCUGAGCAGGAGGAAGUCUGAAAUAUCUGGUUUAGUGUCCAUGAAGUUGGAGUGUUAUAAACAAACAAACAUUGGAGGAAAGGGAGUUUUUGCAUUCUCUGGAGAAUAGUUAAGAAAGUCAUAUUCCUGAUCAAGUUUAUGUUUGAAAUAUAAAAUAUGCUACAGACAUCUCAGGACUCAGCACAGUGUUUAAUACUGCUAACUAAGAUGGUUAUCUGUCCUCAAUAACAGACAAAAUGCGAUGAUAAGUCUAUUUUGCAUCAAGAGCAGUGUGAGGGAACUAUUCUUUGUACAAUUAUGUUUGAAUACUUGAAAAUAAAGGCUACUAAGUCUCUCCUGCAGACAUAUAUCACCCAAAUUAUCUUCAUUUGAAUACAAAAAAUAAAACUGUCAUUAAGUGUUGCUGACUGGAGCACAGAGACUAGAGAACAGUUCCCUUUUUGUGAGUGAUAUCAACAGUUGGUUCAGGAGUCAGAGAGGCAGUCGGGGUCUUAAUAUGUCUUUUAAAAAGCUAAAACAACUAUUUUCAAACAUUGAGAACAUUUCCCUCCAUUUAUCUUUUUCUAAACUUUAAAUUUCUGUACCUGUCACACAGAAACUCUUGGGAAGACAAAAGAAAAUGAGGACUGAUUUGUUUUCUUCAUGUGCAUCUUUUGCUGUAGCAUAACAGGAUUACAAAAUAACAGUGUAAGAUAUUAUAUAUAAAGCAAAUUAGAGUCUAGAAAAUGAAGAUUUCUAAAAAAAGCACAAUUUAUACCCCCAAACCCUGCCGGUACAUAAGAAUUUCAGUAAUUUAUUACUGAUUGACAAUCAAGGAAAAUCGAUGUAUUUUCAUCAUUGUUAAGUAUAUACCUUAAAAAAUACAAAAAUUACCAAGACAUUUGCAUAUGUUUAUAUUUUACCUUGAUUUUUCCAGAAUAUUUGGGUUAGGUAGAGUAGCAUGUACAUCAAUUUCAUGAAAAUACUCAGGGGUAUUAUUGGCUAGUUACUCUCAGGUACCUGUCUCCAACUUUCCAAAACUUAAAUGUUAAUAUGAAAGACUGUUAGGCAUCAUCUGUCCUUCCAUUAUUCAACAGUAGAUUUCCUUUAAGACAAAGGUAAUCUACAGUUACCAUCUUGCCAACAAAUGACUUAUCCUACUAACGUACAUGGGGUAAGUACAUACCUGUUGCUUCUUUUCUCCACAUGAGACAUGGAAAAUUACAACUGCAAUAUAUGAGGCUCAGUUUUCUUAUUUUCCUUGGCAACAGAAUUCCUACAGAAUGGAAAAUGGGCUCUGGGAUUACUGGAGUGG